AUGGCAGCGUUUAAAGCCAUUGACGAACGGUCUGAAGGAAGCUUCAAGGAAGGAAGCGCCAAGGACCGGUUUAGGAGCGCGAAGAGCGUUAAGCGGGGAGCUUCGCCAGCUAGACCCCGGCAGGUGGAUGGGAUAAUGCAUGAGUAUCAGAUGCAGAACGCUGCUGCGCGCCGAGCCGAGGCUUCUAACCACAGCAAGAAGGGAAUCGGCGGCACCGUGCUGUUCCUGAUGUUGCUCGUCUGCACGGCAGCAGUAGGCUGGGGAGGCUAUCAGUACAAGCAAGCCCUCUCUCUCGAGCUCCGGCUCUCAGAACUGCAGCGCAAACACACGCGCCUUGCUUCCAAACUGUCAGAUGACGUUCCUGCUAGCGUCAGCAGGAUCUUCCCCAGCAGCAGCAGCAGCAGCAGCAGAUGCGAAGUAGAAGGAGAAGAUGGGGCAGUGGAAGGUACCUGCUCCCCCUUCCCCACAGAAAGGUCUGAAGGAGACAGCGCCGGGUGGAGAGAGGGGAGCAGGAGCGAGGAGGAGAGCGAUCGCGAGCGUAGAAGCUCAAAGGAGAAGGCAAAGGAGAAAUCCAAGGAGAAGAAGGAGGAGGAGGAAGAGGAGGAAGAGGUGAAGGAGGACCAGGAGCUGUUCUGGCGCAGGGUGGCGCUCCUAGCAUCCAUUCUCUGCCUGGUCCUCCCCAUCUUCAUCAUCCGCAACAUCGAUGAAGUGGCACAGCUCUUUGGAAGGCGCCCCAAGGCGACAGACGGCCAUACGACCGCCGCUGCCUCUUCCUCCUCCUCGUCAUCCACCUCUGCUGCGGCGGCGGCUGCUGCUGCUGCUGGUGCGGCUCCUUCAGCGGCGCCUGGGGCGGACGAGGAGGUGUCGAUGAGCAAGCGGCUGGCGUAUAAGGUCGAUGUGCUCUUCUCCAUGCACUCCUGGGUCAAGGGCGCUGCCCUCCUCGCCGCCACGCUGCUUCUUAUCGCCCUGGGAGGCCUUGCUCUGUACGCCGUUGGAUCGAAAGACCGAAUGGAUCUGGGCGACGCCACGUGGCGGGCGUGGUCCUACGUGGCAGACGCAGGCAACCACGCGGAUAGCGAGGGCGUGGGGCCGCGGAUCGUGGGCGUGAGCAUCAGCAUUGGCGGGAUGCUGAUAUUCGCGCUGAUGGUGGGGUUGGUGUCGGAGGGCAUCUCGGAGAAGGUGGACUCGCUGAAGAAAGGCAAGAGCGACGUGAUUGAGAAGAACCACACGCUCAUCCUCGGCUGGAGUGACAAGCUGGCCUCGCUGCUGAAGCAGCUGGCAGUGGCGAAUGAGAGCAUGGGAGGGGGUGUGGUGGUGGUGAUGAGUGAGCGGGAGAAGGAGGAGAUGGAGAGCGAGAUUCAGAAGAUGGAGUUCAACUUCCGAGGGACCACUGUAAUCUGCCGCUCCGGCUCGCCCCUGGUGUUGGCUGAUCUCAAGAAGGUCUCUGUGUCGACUGCUCGAGCUCUAAUCGUGCUUGCGGAAGCAGAGAACGCGGAUGCUGCAGACGCCAGGGCGCUCAGGGUGGUGCUGAGCCUGACGGGCGUGCGGGAGGGGCUUCGAGGGCACAUUGUGGUGGAGCUGAGCGAUAUUGACAACCAGCAGCUCGUCAAGAUGGUGGGGGGGCGCAUGGUGGAAACGGUGGUGGCGCACGACAUGGUGGGGGGACGCAUGGUGGAAACGGUGGUGGCGCACGAACGAUGUUAUUGGCCGCCUCAUGAUUCAGUGCGCCCGCCAGCCCGGCCUGGCCCAGAUCAGCACCCUCACCCCCCUCUCAUCCUAUUGCUCCUAUCUGCUCCCAAUCGCCCACAGAUGGUGGGGGGGCGGAUGGUGGAAACGGUGGUGGCACACGACGUGAUCGGGCGCCUCAUGAUUCAGUGCGCCCGCCAGCCCGGCCUGGCCCAGAUCUGGGAGACCCUCCUCGGCUUCGAGAACUGCGAGUUCUACACCAAGCACUGGCCCGAGCUCGUCGGGAAAACCUUUCGGGAGGUCCUGCUGUCCUUUCCUGAUGCGGUGCCGUGCGGUUUGAGGGUUUCUGCAAGGACGUAUUAUGAGAAGAGUACGGAGGCGGUGGGGUUUGAGUUUGCUGGUGGGAGCAGUGUUGGGAGUGAGGAUGAGGAGGAGGAAGGGGAGGAGGGGGAGGGAGGAGGGGAGGGCGAGGGGAAGAGGGUGCAUAAGGAGCAUACCCGGCUGUGGCUCAACCCGGACGAUGACUACGUGCUCCAGCCUGAGGACUCUGUGCUUGUGAUUGCAGAGGAUGACGACUCCUAUGCCCCCGGCCCGCUGCCCGUGGUGCAAGACGCCCCGCUGCCCGACAUUGAAACCCCGCCGAAGCUGCCCGAAAAAAUCCUGUUCUGCGGCUGGCGGCGCGAUAUCGACGACAUGAUCACGGUGCUAGAGGCGUUUUUAGCCCGGGGCUCAGAGCUGUGGAUCUUCUCGGACGUGCCCGUGGAGGAGAGGGAGGCGCGCCUCAUAGAGGGCGGGCUGAACCCCAGCGAGCUGGAGAACGUGACGCUCGUGCACCGCAUGGGGAAUGCCGUUAUUCGGCGCCAUCUGGAGUUUCUUCCCCUCGAAACCUUCGACUCGAUCCUCAUUCUAGCGGACGAGGGGCUGGAGGACUCGAUUAUCAACUGCGACUCGCGCUCCCUCGCCACGCUGCUGCUCAUCAGAGACAUCCAGUCCAAGCGCAUGCCGGCGGGCAGCAAGGGCCACCGGCGCAGCAACUCGAGCAUAACCUACCCGCGCCCCACGUCCACGUCCUCGUGGGUGGGGCAGAUGCAGCAGGCGUCGCAGCAGUCCAUCGUCAUCUCGGAGAUCCUCGACUCGCGCACGCGCUCCCUCGUCUCCGUCUCCAAGAUCAGUGAUUACGUGCUCAGUAACGAGCUGGUGUCCAUGGCUCUAGCGAUGGUGGCGGAGGACAGGGAGGUCAACCGCGUUUUGGAGGAGCUAUUUUCAGAAGAGGUACGUGGAGGAGAAAAGGGGAUGCUAGGGCAACGAGAUGUACAUCCGGCCGGCAGAGCUCUACCUGACGGACGGGGAGGAGCUGUCCUUCUUCCCUCUGCACCCAUUUACACCCCUUUGCACCCCUCUGCACCCAUCCGUGCCACUCCCUCCACGGCAACGAGAUGUACACUCGGCCUGCGCAUGGAGAUCAUCAUCGGCUACCGGCUCCCACACCAACCACCGGUGCACUCAUUUCCCCCCCUCUGCACCCCUCUCCAUCCAUCUGCACCCAUCCAGGGCAACAAGAUAUAUAUCCACCCAGCGGAGCUCUACCUGGCGGACGGGGAGGAGCUGUCCUUCUUUGAAGUGGCGGGCAAAAAGAUGUAUAUUCGCCCAGCGGAGCUGUAUCUCACAGACGGGGAGGAGCUCUCGUUUUUCGAAGUCGCAGUGCGGGCCCGCCAGCACAUGGAGAUCAUCAUUUCAUCGGCUACUGGCUCUUCACUGAGCUCCCUCUGCACCCCUCUGCACCCAUCCAUUCCCCUUCUCUCUUCUUUUCAGGGCAACGAGAUGUAUAUCCGCCCAGCCGAGCUCUACCUGACAGAUGGCGAGGAGCUCUCGUUUUUCGAAGUGGUGGUGAGAGCACGCCAGCGCAUGGAGAUCAUUAUUGGAUACCGGCUCUUCACAGAGGACGAAGCAGUUCUGAACCCGCCUGACAAGGCUGAAAGGCGCACCUGGUCGAUUCAAGACACCUUCAUCGUUCUCUCGUUCAACGAGUAG